GCGUCCCCCCUCGACGGCCCUGUCAAAACGCAGCCGCGCAGCCGGCGGCUCCGCGUUGCCGGCGGAGGCCGAGCGGCGGCGCCGGGGUCGUGCCCGCACCAUGCCCGCGCCCCCGGGGCUGCGCCGCGCCGCGCUGCUGCCGCUGCUGCUGCUGCUGCCGGCGGCGGCGGCGGCGGCGGCGGCAGCGGCAGCGGCGGCGGGCGGGUGCGGGCCCUGCGAGGUGGGGCGCUGCUCGCCGGCGCGCUGCGCCGCGCCCGAGCUGACGACGCCAGACGAGUGUGGCUGCUGCGAGCGGUGCCUGGGAGCCGAGGGCGAACCGUGUGGCGGGCGCGGUGCCGGCGGGGCGCGGGGACCGCGCUGUGGGCCGGGGCUGGUGUGCGUGAGCCGCUGGCGCCCCGGCGCCGGCGCCGGGGGACUGGAGGGUACGGGGCUGUGCGUGUGCAAGGAGGACGGCGCCGUGUGCGGCUCCGACGGGCGCUCCUACCGCAGCGUCUGCGCCCUGCACCUCCGCAGCUGGGUGUCCCUGCACGGCGGCGGCGAGCGCAUCCGCAAAGUGCAUGACGGCGAGUGCAAGCUCGCUCCUGUGAUUAUUGUGUCACCAAAGAAAAUUCACAAUGUUACUGGGGCCCAAGUGUACCUAUCCUGUGAAGUGAAGGCUGUGCCUACUCCUGUCAUCACUUGGAGAAAGGUCUCAGAGUCAUCCAAAGGAGUCAAACUUCUGGAGGAGCUGCCUGCAGACAGAGUGAACAUGGCCGUGCAAAUUCGGGGAGGACCUUCCAAACAUGAGGGCACAGGGUGGGUUUUGAUUAAUCCACUAAUGAAGGAAGAUGAGGGGGUCUACCAGUGUCACGCUACCAACAUGGCUGGAGAGGCACAUGCAGAGGGGAGUAUCACAGUGACAGAGCAGAACAAAAGCAAGAAGGCAUCCCUUCUGGCAUGGGACAACCCUUCCUAGCAGGGAAAAAGAAUUUGUUCGUUUGAGAAGAGCUGAACUGCAGAGCACAAGCUAAAAACAGUCAGUUAGUUGCCACCUUUGCUUCCUUUUGUUGUAAGAAUUAGAAAAUGUUGCUUUAAUACUCUUGUUAUAGGCUUAAUGUGACUUUUAUACAUUUUCUUGUUUAGAAGAUAUGUGAUUAAUAAUGAAAAUGCUUAGGUGAAAAGCUGUAUUAAUGUUGAAAAUACGUAGAAAAUACAUAGAGAGAAAACACAGAGCAAUAAAAGCAAGGAAUUUUUUUAGCAUUUUUAAGUGA